ACUGGAAGAGGAGGAGCACAGUCUAGUGCAAAUGCUGCAGUGCUGGUGGAACACAUGCAAAGGAUUCUGAAUAACAUUUCAGCAAAGGGAGAAUUCAGGGGGAAAAAGACCCAGAAGGGGCUGUUCACCUGUUACAAGGAGAUGUGAGACCUGCUGGAUUCUUUGAUGUUCAAGAUCUUGGCAAAAAAAAAGAAUUCAAGCAUCUGCAAUAUUUUGCUUUUAUUAUUAAGGAACACAAACAGUAAACUCAGACCGACCAGCGAGUGGAGAAGCUCAGAGGUGAGAACCAACAUUCGAAGGAAAUUAGCAGCACGUGCGGAGUAAGGGACUCUCUCACGGUUCUUUCCCACUGGCUCAUUGUGCAUGGUCUUCAGGAUGAGAUUAUCAGUCAGUGCCAUCUUUGUGCUCUCAGUCAUAAGCUGGCUAACAGACUGGGUUGCUGCUCAAAGCGUGAAAGGGGAUUUUGGACCAGUAUUUGAAGAGCAGCCAAAAAACACCCUGUACCCUGAAGGUUCAACAGAAGGGAAGGUGACAUUGAACUGCCACGUCCGAGCCAACCCACAUCCGAAAUACAGCUGGAAGGUAAACGGCACCAAUAUUAACAUUGAAAGAGACAGCCGUUACAGUCUGAUUGGAGGGAAUCUGGUGAUCAGUAACCCAACGCGGUCCAAAGACCCUGGAUCCUAUCAAUGUCUGGCAACAAACUCAAUUGGGACCGUCAUAAGCAGAGAGGCUUUCCUUCGCUUUGGCUAUCUUUCACAGUUUUCAACAGAAGAGAGGGAACAGGUGAAGGUGAAUGAAGGGACGGGAUUGAUGCUUCCUUGCAACGCACCCCCCCAUUAUCCAGCUCCAACAUAUCGCUGGUUUAUCGACGAAAUCCCGAACUUCAUAACGCCAGAUGAUCGUCACUUCAUCUCGCAAGUGACAGGGAAUCUCUACAUCGCCAAAGCGAAGACUUCCGAUACUGGGAUCUACUCCUGCUAUCUCACCAGUCACAUUGACUAUGCCACAACAAGUGUCUUCAGCAAGGCUAUUCCCCUGACUGUGCUGUUUGUUGGUGAAACCAGGAUGCAUUCUCCUCACAUUCGGGUGAAAUUCCCCUCUGAAACCUAUGCAUUGGCUGGACAGUCGCUGAACCUGGAGUGCUUUGCCUUUGGAAAUCCUGUGCCCACCAUCAAAUGGAGGAAGCUUGAUGGGUCCCUGCCUUCCAAGAUCUUGGAAUCCAUCAACAAGCCCAUCCUACAUAUUCCCGAUGUACAGUUUGAAGAUGAAGGCGUGUAUGAGUGUGAGGCAGAAAAUUCAAGAGGAAAAGACUCAACUCAGGGCCGGAUCAUCAUUCACGCACAACCAGAGUGGCUUCAGAUUAUCAGUGACACAGAGGCUGACGUCGGCGCUGAUCUGGAUUGGAAAUGUGCAGCAGCUGGGAAACCUCGGCCAACGUGCAGGUGGCUGAGAAACGGUCAACUGCUAACCUCGAAGAACCGCAUUGUAGUCAACAAUUGCGCGUUGCGAAUUUUGAAACUCGUUAAGGAUGACUCAGGAAUGUACCAGUGUGUUGCCGAGAACAAACACGGGACCAUUUAUGCAAAUGCAGAAUUGAAGGUUCAAGAAUUGGCUCCAGAUUUUCAAUCAAAGCCAGUGAAGCGGCUAAUUCCAGCAGCGAGAGGAGGGGAGGUCCUGAUUGAGUGCAAACCCCGUGCAGCACCACAACCGAACAUCUUCUGGACAAAAGGGACCGAGAUACUUUCCAACAGCACAAGAACAACAGUAUUUGCAAAUGGCACCUUGAGAAUUCGGAACAUAAGCCGAAUGGAUGAAGGAAAAUACACCUGUUUUGCAGAGAAUUCCAAGGGAAAAGCAAACAGCACAGGCAUCGUGUCAGUCAGAGACGCCACAAAGAUUACUCUUGCUCCAUCCAACGCUGAUAUCAACCUUGGUGAAGAUGUUGUGUUGCAGUGCCAUGCAAGUCAUGAUCCCACCAUGGACCUCACGUUCACCUGGUCAGUCAAUGACUCUCCUAUAGACUUUGACCUAAUGGGGGAGCACUUCCAUCGUGUUUCAAUGCGGGAAACAAUUGGAGAUCUCAAGAUAACCAAUGUACAGCUGAAACAUUCUGGAAUAUACACAUGCACUGCCCAGACAGUGGUGGACAGUGCCUCUGCGUCUGCAAUGCUGGUUGUGAGAGGUCCACCCGGUCCUCCAGGAGGUGUUGUGGUGAAAGAAAUUAACGAUAGUUCGGUGCUGCUGAGUUGGAGCAGAGGCUAUGAUAACCACAGUCCAAUUGGCAAGUACAUAAUACAAGCCAGGACAUCACUCUCUGAUGAAUGGAAGACUGUCAGAACAGUUCCGCAACACAUCGAGGGCAAUGCGGAGACAGCCUGGGUAAUCAACCUCACGCCAUGGAUGGAUUAUGAAUUCCGAGUCAUCGCGAAGAACAUCCUGGGGACCGGUGACCCCAGCCUGCCCUCACAAACGAUACGCACCAGAGAAGCUGCUCCAACAGUUGCUCCAUCAAACAUUAGUGGAGGAGGUGGAGAUCAGCACGAGGUGACCAUGUUGUGGAUGCCCGUGCCACGUGAGUACCAGAACGGUGAUGGUUUUGGUUACAUCAUCACAUUCCGAAAAGAAGGGACAAAGGACUGGAAAAAUGCAAAGGUUCUGGGAGCUGAUUCCUCACGAUACGUUUACCGGAAUGAUACAAUUGCAUCAUACAGCCGAUUCGAAGUGAAGGUGAAGGCCUUUAACAAUAAAGGGCAGGGGCCGUACAGUCAGAGUGCGAUUGUCUACUCUGCAGAGGAAGAACCAAGCGUUGCCCCCUCUGAGGUAUCAGCCCAAAGCCUGACCUCUUCUGAAAUCGAGGUGAGCUGGCGUGCUGUCGAACAGGUCACCAUGAAUGGUAUUCUUCUGGGCUACGAGAUCAGGUAUUGGAGAGACAACGAUAAAAAGGCAUCGGCUGACCGCAAGAGAACGCCAGGGCUGGAGUUGUCAGCUCGUGUCACGGGUCUGAGGCCCAGCACUCUAUACCACGUGGAAGUCAGAGCCUACAAUAGCGCUGGGAGUGGUCCUCCCAGUCUCUCUACAACUGUCACCACAAAGAAAGCGCCUCCAAACCGCCCACCAGGUAAAAUCUCCUGGCGAUCAGCUGGCUCCUGGGUCAAGAUCAAAUGGGAUCACGUCAAGGCCUUUGAAAAUGAAUCUGCUGUGGAUGGAUACAAGGUACUGUACAAGGCUGAAGAUCAAUCAGAAAUCAAAAUGAUAGAAACCAGAAAGAACUCAGUGCAAAUCCCGUUUACCAAUGACAUGAGCUACCUGGUGAUGAUCCGUGCCUCUGGAGAAGGAGGAGAUGGUGCAGCUGCAAAGAUCCGAAUAUCGAAGAGCUCAGGCACCAGCAUGAUGGUGAACAAUUCAGGGGCACAAGUCCUCCACAACAUCCUCUUCACUGCCAUACUAACACUUACUACCAUUGGCUGCCUGGAGCUCUGAAUGCGACCAUUCACCUGCAUCGUUGCUGCACGCCAUUUCCCAACGAAGGAUGAGUCAUCCGACACCAAACUGUUUAUAGUAUUAAAAUGUGACAUUUGUCUGACAAUUUUAGGUAGAAAAUUUCAUACAUUUGGUGACUGGGGAAAAGUCUUACUAAAGAAAUGUGAAAAAAAAACUUUUUUUUUGUAAAAAAAAACAAAUGUUUGGAAAGCAUCAACGCAAUGUUUUCAUAAUCGAAUUGAUUUGAAGGUAGUAACCUGGAAGUUAAAUUGGACAACAAUAGAUUGGGCUGUACAGAACAAUCUUUCUUUAUACUAUGCACAGCACUGUCAUUUGUAUAUACAGUACAAUGCACAAUCCAAGCAAGAGUUCUUGGUUACAGGGUUUCCAUGGUCCAAGGAGACUCCAUGAGGUACAAGCUACUUCACAGAAUGUAUUACAUUCGUGAAGUUGCAAGUCUCAUUUCUUUUUUGGCCAUUAAGUCUUCUCGGUUCCUGGGCCCCUACUCCCAUUUACUUAGCCAGUGAACCUACUUGAUUAAUAUUUUCUCCACACCCGACCCCAUCCAAAAUGUUAAAUUACAAGGAGAGAUUCCAAAAAUGAGGGUUGUAUCACCUGGAGUUUAAACGAUUCGGGUGUGAUCUGAUCAAGGCUGUCAUAUUAUUAAGGAGAGCCUGUAGGGUAGGUAGAGAAACUGUUUCUGGUAGUUGGGAAAGCCUAGGCCUAGGGGUGGUGGGUGUAGCCUCUAAAUUAGAAGCAGAUUUUCAGGAAUGUAAUUAGAAAAUGCUUCUUCAUGCAAAGGGUGGUAGAGCUUUGGAACUAUCGCAAACAGCGGAUCAACUGUUAAUUUUACAACUGAGGUUGACAAAGUUUUGACAUCUAAAGAGUAAGGGGGCAAAAGUGGGUAUAGGAAGUUAGGUUGCAGAUCUGCCAACAUCCUAGCAUAGGCCUGAGAGGCUGAAUGGCUCCUCAGGUUCCUGUGUCCUAUGAUCUGAGCCCCAACACAGUUUUCCAUUUGAACCUAUCGAGUUAGCACUUUUUAUUGACAUAGUGAAUCAGCACCAAUGGAAGACUGGUUUGGAUGAACUGUGUUUAUUGACCUUGAUCUUUGAGAAAAUGCUGGAUAUUUCCGUGGGGUAGUCCACACUUUCCUGCUGAGCCCAGAGCCGAGGGCUGUCUGUGGGUCCCAAUUGGAUGUGGGCAAACCUAAUGUUUGUUAGGCAGGGGAGUGUUAACAGCGAUGGGAAAAAGACUGUACAGAGAGUUAAAAAUCAGCUAGUUGAAUGGUGGAGGGACCUUCAGAUUCUGUGUCCUUUUCUUACUGUGUGCAGGGAUGGUACAGCCAGCUCUGAUACUCAAGUUUUGGGAAAAUGCAAUUGAACAAUCACAGAAUUGGCAAUGUCAAUACAUCUAACACCUUCAACUCUUCCAGACAGAAUCAGAGUCAUUCAUUCAUCAGAUUUAUUGACUUCAGAUUAUCUCUUGUCUUUGGACAAGUAGCAACGGGGGAAUAUUUUGAUUGUCAAAGUGGUGUAGAGAAAGUGAGGAUGUGUUAGUUUCUAACUGAAUACUGGUGGCCUAAAUGAAGGGACAAACCCAGCCAGUUUGGAUUUUCAGCUCUUGUGGCAAAAUAGUAGUGUCCCUACCUCUGACCCAGGAGGUUUUGGUUCAAGUCUCACCAGCUCCAGAGGCAUGGUGUAACAUCUCAGAACUGGUUAAAUAGAAAAUAUCACUCAGUUUAGGUUUGCCUACAUUCAGCUACAAACUAAAGGAAACAUAAUUUUAGACUAACAUCAUGAUGACAGCAUUUUGUACAUUUUCAGAUCACAUUAGACCACUACCUUGACAGCAUCUGAUGUCCUUUAAAACAUCUCAACAGCCCUCAAAAUGGAAGGCAGCUUAGCAACCAAUCAGGCAUUGACCUUCAAGAUGUGAUGUUUGGCACACAGCCAAUCAAAUGAUGCUGCCAAUACUGCAAUGAAACAGUGACUGGACUGUGGCCAGCACUGUAGUUUACAGACUGUUGGUGUCUGUCUAGUUCCACGUGUGCAAGAUGUUGUCAAUUACCACUGGGGAAGGGAGGGAAAGCAUUGGAAAGGAAAAGGUUAGGUUAUAUUGGGAUUAGGGGCAAAUAGGGUAAGGUGAGAUAUGAUGUAGGAAGGAGAAGAGUGGGAUCAUGGAACGGGAGGGCAGUGUAUUGUUGAGUAGGGAAGAGAUUGGUGAUUGACCUGUGUGAAUGGAAGAACAUCAUAGUUAUGGUAGGUUUAACCUGUAGCAGAUGGGAAUGGGAGUAGCUCAUAGGGGAGAUUUGUAGCAUCUAGAUGGGAUUGAUUAUAGAUUUGUACAGGAUGAGGUCUUAAUUCAAAAGUUUUCCUAAUGGAAUAUGUUUAAUUUAUUUAAUUUAAUUAUACAUUAAAUUUGUUUUGGAGGUGCAGGAGCCAAGUGUUUGGGACGAUGGCUCAACAUUUGAAGGACUUGUGAGUAUCAGAAUAUAGUGCUUCUGUUGUCCUGCUUUGGUAAUUGGACUCAGUGCAAUACGACCAGAGUCCCCAAGCACCGGGAGUUCAGUGGGUGAUGGAGGUGACCCUCAGCAGUUACUGAAUGGUCAGUUUUAUAUUGCUAAUUAUAAUGGAGGAAAGACUGUUUAGUGUGUGAUGUUCACAAUGACACUGUGUCAGCCUUGUGAAUAUAAACAGAACUCUCACCAUUUAAUUGACCUGGAUUCAAACGAGCAGCUUUUUUUUUGUUGGGAGGGUGGUGGAAUAUUCAGGUUGUUAAAGUGAGAGCCAUUUCCAGAUCACUGGGACUUCCGAGAGAGCCUCAAGUGGCUCCAAUAAUACCACAUCUGUGCAUGCAAAGGUUGAUGAAUUCAUAGAAAAACUUGGAGAAUUGAAAGGGUUACUCUUCCAGUUUCACUCAUUGAGAGCAACAGGGGAAGUUAAUGAGGAGUUUUUUGGGAACUAUCCUUCAAGUCUCAAACUCCAAGCUUCCUUCAAGUGAAACUGCACACUGGGAGCAGGGUCUCCCACACAUUGAUCCUUCAGGUUCCUUUGUAACCAUCCGGCAACUGGAGGUGCUCCUGCUCCCUAGCCAAGAUUUCCUUGACCGUUUAGGGAAGGGUCCUUACUUACCCAUUCUGGCCUCUGAUUGUCUCAAGGCCCAAAUGCGGUUGACACAUUGUGGGAUGUGAAACAGUCCUACCAAGUCACUCUGUUCGAGGGCAGUUACAGGAUGGGCAACAAAGGCUGACAUUGUCAGUGAUGCACACAUCCCAAGACAGAAUUUUUAAAAAGCAAUCUCUCAAUGAUAAAACGUGAGCAAGAGAGAGAGACUGACAAGUUUUCAACAACUAAAACAAGGUUAGGAUUAAAGGAAAGCGACUGACCUUUGUGUUCAGAAGAGAGAGAACAGUCGGCACUGAGCUACAGACUGAGAAAGGAAACUGAAAAUAGUGGUGGUCUUUUCAUUGUUGGAUCAGACAUGCGAAUUGAAAAACACUCAAAAUGCCUCUUUGAGCCAGAAACUGUAUGCUAUUAUCAGACUAGAAAUUUAAUUCCUGAUUCUGUGUUGAGUUGGCCAUUCUCGACUGUAGGGUCAGGAAAGGGUGCAACAUCAAACUCUAAAGAUAGAGAUGGAAAAAUCAAGAUUCACCAUUUGGAUCAACAGGCAUUAAUUGUUGGAAAUAGAAGGAGCACAGGUUUGAGCUUAGCCUUAAUACACUGUGCAUUUAUGCAUCACCACAGGAAGUCUAAACAGACAGAGGGACUCUGCAAUGGGGGAGGGUCAUGAACACAGGGUAGGAACGUGGACAAAGAGUUUAAUCAUUCCUCGUGUCCAUUAGUAACCACUCUCCACCCACAUGCACUUACAAUCAGGGCUAAACUUAAAAAAUGUGAUUGCGCUUUUGUUCGUGGUACUUUGCCAGUGAUAUUCAUGUGUUGGUGUUCGGGGCUAAUUCAGUCCUUAUAACUGUGCCUCCCAAUCACAUUGACCAGGAGAGCAAAAUGUAAAUAUUCUACCAGGCACACAAUGUACACAUUAAUUCUAUUCCCUGAAGAAAUACAAGGGUAGAAAUGAUGAUGCUAUUAUAUGAACACCGAACACAUGGAGGGAGGAAUUUGAUUUGAAAUGUUUGUGGUAAGCUGUGACCAUUCUUCUUAAAAAGUAAACCUUUGAAGAGCUCUGAAAAUCCUGUAGCAUCGUUAGGCUUGUCACUUUGAGUAAUAUCAUUGUGAUAGUCCACCCAAUUAAC